AGUAUUUGCAUCGUGGUGCACCGACUGGGCCGGACGUGGAUAAAAAAAUAUUACUUUGGGCCAGGCAGAAUGCAAAAUGCACGAUAAAUAAUUUUGGGGAUGAACUGAAUAUCGGGGAUUGACUGAAUAAUAUCGGAGAUUGAAUUUGGGAAUACGGGGAAUUCGCCGAAGACGUUUUGAAGCCCUGCCAUUCUCGGCGAGAACGUCGGAGGAGUCAGUUGUCGUGGUAUUAUUCCCUUCGCGUUUUGUCGAUUACAACCAAACUAACAACGCAUUGUCGGGUUUCAAUCGAUUUCUCAAAUCGAGGUACGAGGAAGACAACGACUGAAGAAAAACCGAAACCAUGGCAACAACCCGAUUUAAAGAAUCUGUGAGCGAUGAGAGCAGUGGAAGUGAUUUUGACGAUGACGAAGAUCCUGACAAGAUUGAAGUCCCUGGUGGGGGCAAAGAUCUUGCAACAGCUGCAGCAAUUGCAACCGUAAAGGACGAGAAACCUCUAGAUUUGCCACCAAAUCCAGACAUUAAAACUCCUGGUGCAAUGACUGCCUUAAAUCAGAAAUUUGGGGGUAAAAUUCCCGGCGGACUUGUCACAAAGAAUUCAACGCCAGGAUACGAAAUGGUGCGAGUAGGAGGAUCUCAAGGUGGACCUCCUAAUUUUAUGGGACAGAACCAACUAGGUCAAUUAGGUGGUCUAGGUGCAGGCGGACCUUAUGGGGGUUUUCCUCCUUUGGGGAAUUUAGGAGGAUUCAAUCCUGCUGCUUUUUUACAGCAAAGCAUGGGCUUGGACAUUAGUAAUCUAAUGGGAAUGACAAAUCUUAUGGGAAUGGCUGGCAUGAAUAUGGGAGUUAAUCCCUUGUUGCAAUAUCUGAAUCAAGGCGGAAUGUCGAAUUUUGGAGGACUCACAGGGAAAGGGCUGCAGCAAAUGUGGAUGAAUGCUGCAGAUCCGAGCAAGAUGAACAUGCAACAAGGCAUGCAAGAGGAAGAAGAGGUUGAUGAUGAAGAAAUGGGUGUUGCAGAAACUUACGCUGACUACAUGCCUACGAAAUUGAAAUUGGGACGGAAACAUCCAGAUCCGGUGGUAGAAACAGCUUCGUUAUCAAGUGUGGAACCAACAGACGUUUGGUACACACUUUCAAUUCCUGAUGAGACAAUCAGAACUGGCGCAUUGUCUGCUCUGCAACUCGAGUCCAUAACUUAUGCCUCUCAGCAGCACGAGCACCUUCUUCCGGAUGGAUCUCGGGCCGGAUUUCUUAUCGGCGAUGGUGCUGGUGUUGGUAAAGGCCGUACCAUCGCCGGUAUUAUUUUCGAAAACUAUAUGAAAGGUCGGAAACGAGCCAUUUGGGUCUCUGUCUCCAACGAUCUUAAAUACGACGCUGAACGGGAUCUCAAAGACAUUGGAGCAGGAAAAAUAGAUGUUCACCCUUUAAAUAAAUUCAAAUAUGCAAGGAUAAAUUCAGCGAUAAACGGGAACGUGAAAAGGGGUGUAAUUUUCAGCACGUAUUCGGCGUUAAUAGGCGAGUCAUCACAAAGUGGAGGUAAAUACAAAAGCAGGCUGAAACAACUUCUUCAAUGGUGUGGCGAUGACUUUGAUGGCUUGAUUAUAUUCGACGAGUGUCACAGAGCGAAGAAUCUCUGUCCCACGGGAAGUUCAAAACCUACCAAAACUGGUUUGACCGUCUUAGACAUACAGAAUAAAUUACCAAAGGCUCGAGUUGUGUACGCAAGUGCGACUGGGGCAUCUGAGCCUCGAAAUAUGGCCUAUAUGGUUCGUCUUGGAAUGUGGGGAGAGGGAACGGCUUUCCCAGAAUUCAACGAUUUUAUUGCAGCGGUGGAAAAACGAGGUGUGGGUGCGAUGGAAAUCGUGGCCAUGGAUAUGAAACUGCGUGGCAUGUAUAUAGCUCGUCAACUCAGCUUUCACGGGGUGGCUUUCAAAAUCGAGGAGGUUCCUCUGACCGAUGAAUUCGGGAAAGUUUACGAUCAUGCAGUCAGACUUUGGGUGGAAGCGAUGCAGAAAUUCCAAGAGGCAGCAGAACUCAUAGACGCGGAAAAUCGCAUGAAGAAAACAAUGUGGGGUCAGUUCUGGUCGUCGCAUCAGCGUUUCUUUAAAUAUUUGUGUAUUGCAGCAAAGGUGAAGCAUGCCGUGACCGUAGCUCGAGAGGCUGUAAAAUGUGGUAAAUGCGUUGUUAUCGGUCUUCAAUCGACAGGAGAGGCACGAACUCUCGAGCAAUUGGAACGAGACGAUGGGGAAUUGAGCGACUUUGUUUCGACCGCCAAAGGCGUCUUGCAAUCCUUGGUUGAGAAGCACUUUCCGGCGCCCGAUCGCAAUCGAAUUCACAGGAUCAUUGGUGAUUUGCCACGAUCUCAGAAUGCCGGGGACAGUGAGAAAUUUGGGGAAAAUGCGGGAGGUUCAGGAGGAGGAAGUGCGAAAAGAAAACCAGUUCGUCAGGCAGCUCAGAGAGCUUCGAAAAAAGUACGACCCUGGUCCUCGGAGGAGGAGAUUUCCGAGGAAGAUCGCAAUGGGGGCCAUAGUUCCGGUUCGGAAUUUAAAUUAUCCGGGAGCGAUAGCGACGAUAACAAAUCUGAUGAAGAGAUUAGUAAUCCAAGCUCGGAUUAUAAUCCGUUUGACAGUGAUAGCGACUCGGACGUGGAUCCAUGGGACAGGAGAAAGAAGAAGGUGGGCAAAAAGCCAAAGAAAGCAAAAAAGAAGCGUUUGAGUACACAAGACAAAAUCCAGUCAAUGCUGACGAGUAAAACCUCGAAUAAUAGAAACAAGGGAAAUGGUGAUUCGAUGGGUGGGAAGCCAAUCAGUGGUGGUGGUAUCAAUAUGGCUGCUAUUCGAAGCCAAGCACCGCCACGAAGUGCGAUUGAGCGAGCUUGCAGCAUGAAGGAGGAGCUCCUCACACAAAUAGAGGCCCUCGGCGAACGCCUGCCGCCCAACACACUCGAUCAGCUCAUUGAUGAGCUCGGUGGGCCCGAGAAUGUCGCGGAAAUGACUGGCCGGAAGGGUCGAGUUGUUCAAACUGAGGACGGUGCAAUACAGUAUGAGUCGAGGUCCGAGGUUGACGUGCCCCUGGAAACUUUAAAUCUCACCGAGAAGCAGAGGUUCAUGGACGGCGAGAAAACUGUGGCGAUCAUUUCGGAAGCUGCCAGCAGUGGCAUUUCACUUCAGAGUGAUCGGAGAGCGCGCAAUCAGAUGCGACGGGUUCACAUCACUCUUGAAUUGCCUUGGAGUGCUGAUCGGGCAAUACAGCAAUUUGGUAGAACUCAUCGCUCGAAUCAGGUGAACGCACCCGAGUAUAUUUUUCUGAUUUCGGAUCUCGCUGGUGAGCGAAGAUUCGCCUCGAUAGUGGCGAAACGUCUCGAGAGUUUGGGCGCUCUCACGCAUGGUGAUCGACGAGCCACGGAAACCAGGGAUCUUUCGCAGUUUAAUAUUGAUAAUAAAUAUGGUCGAUCUGCUCUCGAGGCUACGAUGAAGGCUAUUAUGGGAUACGAAGCUCCAUUGGUUCAACCUCCACAGGAUUAUCGCGGUGAUUUUUUCAAGGAUGUUGCAGACGCGCUGGUGGGCGUUGGCUUAAUUUGUAAUAGCGAGAGCAUGCCCGGCGUGUUGUCGCUCGAUAAGGAUUUUGCUAAUAUGUCCAAAUUCCUAAAUCGAAUUCUCGGUAUGCCCGUUGAUCUGCAGAAUCGACUAUUCAAAUAUUUCACGGACACGCUGAAUGCCAUCGUGACCCAGGCGAAAAAAACGGGACGAUUUGAUAUGGGAAUUCUCGAUCUUGGCACCUCGGGUGAAAAUGUUCGCAGGGUGAAAAUUUACAGGUUCCAGAGGAAGCACGCGACGGGCGUUGCUCCAACGGAAUUGCAUGUGGUUCAUGUUGAGAGGGGAAUGAGUUGGCAAGAGGCUACGGAACGGUGGGCGGAAUUAACGGGACCGAAGGAAGGAUUUUAUUUGAGCCACCAAAUACGAAAUAGCAAGCAGACUGCUAUUCUUGCAGUGGCUGUCGACAGUGGCAAGAAGAAAGCUGAGGGUAAAAAGGACCAGCUCUACAUGGUUUACAGGCCAAAUACAGGAUUACAAUUGCGCCAGGAGACACUGGGAGAGCUGGAAAAGAAGUACAAAAAAGUGUCGUCUGAAGACGCCGAGACGCACUGGACGCAGCAAUACGAGGCUUCCGUGAACACUUGUUCGCACGCCUACUGGCGUGGAAAUUGUAAAAAUGUCAGUCUGGGACUCGAGUGCGAGGUUGGAUUACGUCGGCGGUGUUACAACGUACUCGCCGGAUCAGUUCUCAGUGUUUGGAGUCGAGUCGAGGGUGUCCUUGCUGCUCGGUCUGGACACAAUUCCAAAAUGCAGGUCGUACGACUACGUACGGACGAAGGUCUGAAGAUUGUAGGCACACUGAUUCCAAAGCCUUGCAUGGAAACGCUACGAGAGGCUCUUUCAUCCGAUGCGGAAAAGACCGAAGAGCAGACGUUUUGAACGGACUGCUGAUCUCGAAGAAUUCGUGUAUGAAAGUUGUGUACCCGCCGUGUUCAAAGAAAUUGCAUCUCGAGGGUAAAGGACAUUACGUUUUAGUUAGUCUUUUAAUUUUCAACCCGGUAGUGUCGUCAAGGAACGAAAUCUUGUUUCUACCGGACAAUAAUCUAUACAUAUUUUUUUUUUUUUUCUAUUUCGCGCUAAAUUUUCAUUGUUUUUUUUUUUUUUUUUUCAUCGAGAUUUAGCAAAUAUAGAUUGAAAAAUUGAAGAAGAAUUUGACGUAGGAUUGUCGAUCCCAAGUAACCCAUAUUCUUGGCUGUGUCCUUGGUGAAAAAUAAAAAUUAAUUUUCAUCCAAAACGAGAAUUGAUUUAUGAAUAAAACAAGUCGAGGUGAUUUUCGUAUCAGUGGUUAAAUCAUCACAAGUAGUGUUAAACAAAAAAAAAAAAAAAAAAAAACAAGAUUAAUAAUUG